CAAAAACAAAUGGUACUUUUUGAACAUUGUUUCAAAAUACGUGUAAAUAGCAUUCCGUGUGUGACGUGUAGCAAUGCAACCGUCACGACACAGCUUGAACUUGUCAUCUCCCUCACAUAUAUCAAAAGGAAACUGACGACCAAGUCAAACUCGAGUGAAUUUCAUUUUGACCUUUUUUUUUUAAAAAAAAAAAAAGAAAAUAAUAAUUACAUAUUUUCACUUUUGACUUGAUCAACAGCAUGGGAUUCGCUUUACCUGAUGGCUGGAUUGAACGCUUAGGCGAUCAUCCUAUCUUUGAUCAAACGAACUCUACCAAGUCAAAUAUAUCUUCUCAACGCGAAGGUGUCACGUUCUUGAAUAACCAGGAGAAAUGCAUCGCCAUGACCAAAACAAAUGACCUUAUUGUUGCAGUGGACUCUGAGAUCAGAAUUCUUAAUCUUAACUUGGUCAAGGAAGCUUGGUUGCAAGAGGCACAUGAUAACGACAAUGCACCACCAACUGACAAGGAAUGGCUCUGGCAGGUUCCCUACAGAAUUUUAGACACGCCUGAUAUUAAUUUCCCCAUCAAUUCAAUUACACCAAAUGAUAAUGGGCGUCUUUUGGCUGUAGCCGGUCUCGAAUCACUCGCUGCCAUAGCUUUGCCACGCGAGGGCUUUUGCACUGUAACUAAGGGACUUGAUUACAAACGCGAACUCCAUUGUCGUACAAUGCGGAUUGGACGCCGUUAUUUCGAUGAAGCAAGCACAUCUGUUCUCAAGGUAGCCUGGCAUCCUUUGAGUGAAUUCCACUCACAUUUGGUAGUUCUGAGUGGAGACAGCAUGUUGAGAAUGUUUGACGUGAGCAAAGAUAUUGAAGAAGCCGAGCAGUCGUUUGAUCUUUCACCCUUGUCUCGCAAAAAGCCUUCGAAAUUCAAAGGAUUCUCUUUUUCUGAAUACAUGGGACCUAGUGAAGAAGCUGUGUCGUUUUCAUUGGGAGGAGACAGUAACAAGGAUGGUGGAUGGGAAGCAUUCACAGUAUAUUUUGCGCUGCGGAAUGGUCACGUUUAUGCUCUCUGUCCUGUGCUCCCUUACGCAAGUGUGGUGAAAAGAGAGCACAUGGAGACGUUGGGAUGUGUUGCAGAUGCGAAAAUGAAGAUGCUUUUAAGCAAGGGCAAGACAUUUGAUCAACUUGAUGAUGAUCAUCAAGCUCUUUAUUAUCUUCAGCAAUUGCACUACCAGUGGUUGGAUGAAAUGCUCAAAUCUACUGUAGUUGACCGCCAAAAUCAUCCUUCGCUUGUAGACAGAUCUAUGAUAAACAUCCAAAGCAACAAAUGUUCACUCCCUUUUACAGUUAAACGCCAAGGCCCUUUUUUGACUGGAGGAAACUUUGACGGUGUCUUGGAUAUUAAUACUGCACAAAUUAGCGACAUUCAGUUCAUCAAGUCCAAGGCAUCUGAUAUUCUUGUCGUGGCAUGUACUGAUGGCUCUGUCCGAAACUUCUUGCUUGGAACCCAAGUUGAUCCUCAAUGGCUUAUGCCUGUUCAAAAUAACCCUCGGUAUCCAUGGCAGGCCAAGCUUGGCGAAUUUCUCUCCAGUACCGACGUUCUUCCAAAAAUGGCCCUCUAUGAGAGUAUUAAGCUCAACAAGAACAUCCAAGGACAUACUCGCAUGAAUAUAGUCGUGGAUCCAAUUUAUCCUGAUACUUAUUACGUAUAUCACAAUAGAGGUGUACAUAUUGUGUUAAUGAAGCAAUGGAUUGAUCUCUUGGCAGAAAUGAAUGCAACCUUCUCAAAGGGUGGUAACAAAAAGGAUGUUGGAGACUCUCUCCAAAAAUGGGCUACAAAUAAGAGUGGAUCUAGUACUAGAUGCUUGGUUGAUUCGUCUCCUUACAAAAGAGGAGAGUCUGUACCUAUCAUUGGUCUGUGUAUUGUCACCGAUAUAUACCUAUCCCAUUGCCUUUUCGCACUUUCUGCAACCUACAGCUUGUUGAGUGUGGAAGUUGGGAACCGUCGAUUAGUUAGCAUUGAAAAGGGAUCUCUGGUUUCAAAGGCUGUUGAAAGUCAGCUCAGGGAUGCGGUGGAGGACCGAAAGGGAGGAGAGGAUGGCUACACUUGCAUAUUGUCCUUGCCACCUUUUGAGGUCCCCAAGUCUCUCCAGGCAUUACAGCAACUUCCUAACCAAUCUAAGGUUGUUAUUCCUGCGUCUAUGGGAGGUAAUAAGAAGAUUAUUGUAAACGAGGAAACCCUUCGAUUCUUCAACAAGAGUGCCGAGAAAUUACAGACCGACAUUCGUACUAUUGUCAAGGCAGGAGAAGAGACUGAGAAACGGAUGGCCUUGCAACAGAUUGAGUUACGGCAGCAGGUGGUUAUGGCUCAGUUGAUUGAUAAGAAACUUGAGGAUAUUCAAACAAAGAUGGACCAGGUGCGCAAGGUCAAACUUGAGCAAGCCAUGAAGCAAUAUGCAAAACUGUCUAUGCAAAUCGACACAAUUCUUGCCCAUAAUAUACUCUCCUAUCAGCCAGAACGGUCUGAAGAAGAAAAGCAACUUUUGGAAAAGUUGAGACAGGAUCGUAAGAAGGUUCAAGGAAAGAGUGGAUACAUUGCUCGUACAAACAAACUUUUGAAAGAAGUUGAAAAACUCAAGGAAAAAUUGCCUCAAAAGAAAACAGAACAGCCAAUUCUCUACACUAAUACCUUGUCUUCAACACAACUUACCAGCCUGAAACAUGACUUGGAUGAUCAAAAACAUCGUAUGAAUGAUAUGACUAAAAGAAUCAACUCUCUGAUGGAGAAACUUACUGUUGUAUAACUUCUUUCUUUUCGUUUCUUCCCAUUCCCCUCCUCCCCUUCCCCUUACUCGUCUCACUGACUCUCAUCUCUUCAAUUAUUUUUCUAUUCCAAAUCACACAACCACAAGGUUAUUCUUAUUGUAUCCUUUUGACCUUAUAUAUAUAUAUAUAUAUAUAUUGCUUAAAUAAGAUCGUCUAAUCAUCUUUUGUUGUAGCUUAAAAAUCGUAUAUACAAAAAUAAAUACAAUAACAAUACAUUAGCUAUAUUGAUCUUAUCUAUA